GAGAGAGAGAGAGAGAGAGAGAGAGAGAGAGAGAGAGAGAGAGCUUGGAUCCACUGGUGUUUAGUGUGACUACCGAGCAGAAUCUGCCGCUGCCAUUAAGCAUAACAGAUAUAAAAUGCUUGAAAAAUAAAGCUGAAGCUGCACCCCAGCGCUGGACAGUCGUGUCACCCGAGAAAGAGAAGGAUGAGGAGGAGGAUGCACACGGGCUACGACAUGGAGCAUCACUGAGAGAGAGAGCGAGAGACAGAGACACACAGUGGCGCGCGCACCAGAGAGAGAGCGCGAGAGCGCGAGAGGCUGAGAUGCCUAGACGCGAGUCAGCCAAUCACGGUUGAGCAGGAGAGGCUAUAGCAUCUUCCCAUGUAAAGCGAAGCUGCCGAGGAAUGAAGGAGCCGGGUGGCUUCAGCAAGUCGAAUUAACCCCCACUAACUCGCGCGCACGCUCGUGGAGAAACCCACCGGUGGAUUUAAUGUCGUCGAGUGUGAGUUUUCGUCUGAGAAACGGCACGUUUUUAAGCUAUAACGUUAGCUAACAGCUAGCUAACUACAAACGGCAGCAGGCUGCUGUUGCUAUUUGAAUUCUCAGCUAGGUUAACGGCUCGAGCGCGAGACACAGCCCGGCGUUACCGUGGCCACGCAGAGAACUCGCUGAAUUUCGCCAGUUUCGCUGAUUUAUCGACUCAUUUUUUGCGUGUAUCUGUCAGGAUUUAGCCCAGUUUAUUUUUGGAACAGUUCUAAAAUGUAUUUUAGCUGGCCCUGAUACGCCAAACCCCAGUUUGGAAGAGAUUUGGAGACGCGUUGAUGUGAAAAUGUGUGGAGUCCAGCGUUAACGGUCACCGAGAAACGACGACGGAAAGAAGAAACGGGGGAAUAUCAGUCGAUAAAUAAAAUACAACGAUAAAAGAGAGGAUUUCUGCUCGUCUGGUCCUCCUCAGGAUUGCUGGGUGUCUGUGUGACCCUCUGUGACCCCAUGAGGACCACUCAGGGAGAUGGAACGUAACAGACUUUCCCCCUUUGACCUUUGCUGCAUCGUCACGGCGACUCCUCGGGACUCGGAGUGAAGUCUGCACCUCUGCAUCCUCCUCCCCGACCCUUCCGUUCUCCACCUGAUCCCGUUGUUCCUCUCCUCCCUCUCCUCUCCUUUUUUUUUCUCCCACAGCCUUCCAUCCUGGCACCUACCUGUCUGGAUAAUUACAUCUUCAUCCCCCUUUGACCUUUCUCUUGACGUUUCAAGAGAGCACCAGAUAGAGAGUAAAGGAGCAGGAAGAAAGACUAAACAGUCAUGCACCCUUUACCCUCGUGUAAGCGUAACCUGGGCACCGCCCGCAAGUCAGACUCUCUAGGCUGGAUCCACUUCUUGUGUCUGUCCUUGUGGUUGGUGCUCGUCUCAUGCCAGCGCUUUGACCCCAGCGCCAAGUACCCCACGGUCACCACCAACUACGGCAAGCUGCGGGGCAUCAAAAAGGAUCUCAACAAUGAAAUCCUGGGCCCUGUGGAGCAGUAUCUCGGAGUUCCGUACGCCACCGCUCCCAUCGGAGACCGCCGCUUCCAGCCACCAGAGGCUCCAGGAUCAUGGCAGGAAGUGCGAAACGCCACGCAGUUCGCCCCUGUGUGCCCCCAGAACCUUCAUGGGGUGCUGCCUGAAAUCAUGCUGCCUGUGUGGUUUACGGACAGCCUGGAUGUGGCGGCCACCUACAUCCAGAACCAGAGCGAAGACUGCCUCUACCUCAACGUCUACGUGCCCACGGAGGACGGUCCGCUCACAAAAAAACACGAUGAAUCUUCAAUGAACCGGCCGCGAGACGAAGAUAUUCGCGACCGCAGGAAGAAGCCUGUCAUGCUGUUCAUUCACGGCGGCUCGUACAUGGAAGGAACCGGAAACAUGUUUGACGCAAGUGUGCUGGCGGCCUACGGCAAUGUUAUUGUGGUCACCAUGAACUACAGACUGGGAGUGCUAGGUUUUCUCAGCACAGGGGAUCAGUCUGCUAAAGGAAAUUAUGGGCUUUUGGAUCAGAUCCAGGCUUUGCGCUGGCUGAACGAGAAUAUUGGUCAUUUUGGGGGCGAUCCAGAGCGCAUCACGAUUUUCGGCUCAGGAGCUGGAGCCACCUGCAUUAACUUGCUCAUCCUGUCCCAUCAUUCGGAAGGUCUCUUCCAGAGAGCUAUUGCCCAGAGCGGCUCGGCCAUCUCCAGCUGGUCCAUCAACUACCAGCCUCUGAAGUACACCAAGAUUCUGGCGCGCAAGGUGGGCUGCACGUACGGCGAGACGGCCGACCUGGUGGACUGCCUCCGGAGGAAAAACUUCAGGGAGCUGGUGGAUCAGGACAUCCAGCCCGCACGCUACCACAUCGCCUUCGGGCCUGUGGUGGACGGAGACGUGGUGCCGGAUGACCCUGAGAUCCUCAUGCAGCAGGGGGAGUUUCUGAAUUAUGACCUAUUGAUUGGAGUGAACCAAGGGGAGGGGCUGAAGUUUGUGGAUGAUGGAGGCUCAGAGAGUGAGGAGGGAAUUUCUGCAGCGGCAUUUGAUUACACUAUUUCCAACUUUGUGGACAACCUCUACGGAUACCCUGAAGGUAAAGACAUCUUAAGGGAAACCAUUAAGUUUAUGUAUACAGACUGGGCAGACCGCGAUAAUGGCGAAAUGCGCCGCAAGACUCUUCUAGCAUUAUUCACGGACCACCAAUGGGUGGCACCAGCAGUGGCUACAGCCAAGCUCCACGCGGAUUAUCAGUCGCCGGUCUACUUCUACACUUUCUACCACCACUGCCAAACAGAGACACGGCCGGAGUGGGCAGACGCUGCACACGGGGAUGAGAUUCCGUAUGUGUUUGGUGUCCCGAUGAUUGGAGCAACUGACCUGUUCCCCUGCAACUUCUCUAAGAAUGAUGUCAUGCUGAGUGCUGUAGUCAUGACCUACUGGACCAAUUUCGCCAAGACUGGGGAUCCUAACUUACCGGUUCCCCAGGACACCAAGUUCAUCCACACAAAGCCCAACCGCUUUGAGGAGGUCAUCUGGACCAAGUUCAACUCCAAGGACAAGCAGUACCUCCACAUCGGCCUAAAGCCACGCAUCCGUGACAACUACCGAGCCAACAAGGUGGCCUUCUGGCUGGAGCUGGUGCCUCAUCUCCACAACCUACACGAGGAGCUCCUGAGCUCCACAACCACUCGCUUACCACCAGGGACUACCCGACCUCCGUCCUGGAAGGGUCAGGGCCCACGCACCACCCGCAUGCCAUACCCCACCUUCCCUCCGGACCCUGAUCCAGACAGCUCGGAGCGGCCUCGCUUCUCACCUUUUCCCGGCGACACGCGAGACUAUUCCACGGAGCUAAGCGUGACGGUAGCUGUGGGUGCUUCACUCCUCUUCCUCAACAUCCUGGCCUUCGCUGCUCUCUACUACAAGCGAGACAAGAGGCACGAGAUGCGCCGGCAUCGCUUGUCCCCGCAGCGCGGCGUCCCGGCUAACGACUUAGCGCACAGCCAGGAAGAAGAGAUAAUGUCCUUACAGAUGAAACACUCUGAGCACGACGCCCAUCACGACAUGGAACCACUGCGGCCGCACGAUAUCCUGCGGCCAGCCUGCCCGCCCGAUUACACGCUGGCGCUGCGUCGGGCACCCGACGACGUGCCACUCAUGACUCCCAACACCAUCACCAUGAUCCCCAGCACCAUAACCGGAAUGCAGCCUCUCCACGCCUUCAACACCUUCCCCACCACCGCUACAGGCCACAACAACACUCUGCCCCACCAGCACUCCACCACUCGUGUAUAGUUACUGCCCUCUAGUGGAGAGAGGGAGGACAACACACCCUUUCACACGACCCCUCCUUUUACUCUCUCUCUCUCUCUGUGCCCAUGAUAAAAGCCCUCUCUCUUACAGUCUUAAAAAUUCUCUCUGUUGAAGAAGCGCAACAGCACCCCCCGGUGGUGCUCUCACAAAUGCAGACAGGCAGCAUGAAUGGCUGUAAUCUUUGAAGCCAGUGAGGCAGCUUCUUUUUUCAGACUCUGCUGUGAGGCAAGGCUGUGGCUGACAGUGACGUUUUGUCCAUUAAUGGUCAAGGGUUAAAAUUAUUUUCCACAUUUCUCAAAGUGGAACCAAGUAGUUAGUGGGCGAGCAAGUGACGUUAUCAUGGCAGAUCUGAUGCAGAGAAGAGAGAGAGAGAAUGAUAGAAGGAUUUUUUUUUUCUCCUAGUUUCUUCACUUUCCCCAUCAUAGAUGAAAGACUUCCCUUAUCAGCCCUUCAUCUUGUCUCUCAUCAGAUCCCUCUGAUGUCUUAUUCUCUUCUUUACUCUCUCCAUUGUUCCAUUACUGCGCCCUCAUUAUCAGCUCAUUCUCCUCUUCUUCGAGCACUGGCCGAAAAUGCUCUGUGACCUUGUGUAAUGCACAGUGGAGCCCUUUUUUAUAGGAAACAUAUGUGCAGUAAGCAAAUGACACACAACAACACAUGGAUAUGUUCUUUCUACCAGCAAUCUUGGUGCCAAGUACUGUUGUAAACACCUGCAACAAGAUAGACCAAGAAAAAAACGACUACAUUGAACUGAGGAGAAGGUUACAAGUGCCAACCUGAUCACACUCUAGCUUUUUCACUUGCUUUAUCGCAAUGCUUUGUUUGGUCAUUUGCUCCCCAACAUCUGUUAGAUUGUGGCUGUGUGUUUUUAAUCUUAGAAUGAGAAUUUGUACAUGUAUAGAGAUAGAUAUAUAUAUCUAUAUAUAAAUAUAAAAAAAUAUACAUACAGAGAAUGAUAUAUAUUUAAAAGGUUUGCUCAGUGGGAACUAUGCAUGAAAUAUUUUUAAGACGACGAGGAAGGUAAACUCACAGCACACUUCUAAGGUAUUUGAGGCUUAAUUGUUCAUAUUUGCUUCAUUUCCUUGUUGAAAGUUCCGUUUUUCAUUUACAAAAAUCAGUGUCCAUCUGCAAGAGCGACUAGUCCUCAGUAGCAGUCUUCACAAAUUAGUCAAACAUAAAAAAAAACAGUAGCUCACGCUCCUUCAUUCAUCAUUUCCUCUUGCGUAUGUCGCAUCUCGCUUUUUAACCAUGCCCUGCUAAUGUCCUCAUUAAAUUCCUCAUUCUUUCAUAUCAGUGUACGAGUAUUGGUGCUAUUGUUUCGCAGUUGGCCACUGAUCAUGGCGGCACUAUACUAUACCUUUGACUAUACUAGUGAACUAACUACCAGAGCAACGUGCCCAUGAUCGUCUAGCCUGGCCCGCUGCCGUCGCACACGUGGUAAGCAUAUGUAGCUCCUCCCAAGCUUCUGAAAUAGGGCUUGGUAAAUUUGUUUACAGGGUUUGUUCAGUUUUUUUGGUUUUCUUUCAACCUUCACACCGUCUGUCAUUCCUUCAUUUUCACUCUCUCCUACUGUUUGCACCUUUAUAUUUCCACAGCAUGCUAAUUCUGCUUGGGGAGCGCUAGUCAUGUUUUACGUCAGAACGCCAGCAUAUGUGUGUGCGGGCUCGCGUGUGUGUGUGUGUUUGAGCGUUUGAGUGUGAGAGUGAGCUGUGAGCGGCAUGUCAGCAGUGCCUCACAAGAAUACUGCUAAUUGGAAAGAAAUUAGAGUGAAAGAAAGAGAGAGAGAGAAUCAGAUGAGAAGAAGAGUCAGAAAGAUGGUAGAAUAAUGGGUUCUGCUGGAAAAGCCUCCCUCGUUAGCUUUUCCUUCUCCUUACUCCUCUCCUCUCUUCUGCUCGGGCUCUCUUAGCGUUCAGCACAGUCGGAAGAACAUAGUGAAUCUUUUAAACGCGUGAGAACCAAUUUUAUUGAUGUAGCUCCUCCAACAUCAGAUCCAUAUAUGGCGUAACCCCACACGCUCCUUCUAUGUGGUUACAACAAGCACAGAGAACAGAGAAGGCCCAGUGAGCUAGGCUUAGCUAAUAGAAUAGCUGAUGAGAUUUACAUUAAGCAUUCAUUUACAGUCUUCUGGAUCUUUUGAGUGCUUUUUGGUAGCUAACCCAUGUUGUGCCUCAGUGGACAGGCCUCAAAGGACUGUGCAAUGCCUGUGCAAUGGAGGCAGACAUCAGAAGGCCUGUUAGUCCAACGAAAUUGGUCAAGACAAACAAAAGGUCUUUCAGGAUGCAUGUAGUAUUGUUCUGGUGCCUGCCAUGCUUAUUAUUUGACCUUGUCAACAAUACAUAUAGCCUGUUAGGCUAGUGUAGCUCCAGUAAGACCUGAGGCCUGAGGUUUAGGACUGGUCUAAAUCUGGUCUUUUCAUUAGAGAACAUAGGGACCACAGCAUAAACAUCCACCAUAGCUCUUCAUUUGCCUUCGUCACAUCAGUUUCUUUCAGCACAGGUUAGUAUUAUUUCUGUCUUAUCCUGACUUAUAUUCGUGAGAGUGACGGGCUGUUGUGGUGGAGGUGCGUCAUUCCUUUUCUACAGGCUCGUUCGUACGUGGAACAACUGCUGGACUGCUUGCUGCUGGUGUGGCCUGCUCACAUAGGCUCAGCAGGAACUCAAAAGUCAAUUGCUGCACAGUAACACUGUAACAUAUGAAAAUAUUAGCAUUGCUGAGUUAGCAUACUGGAGAUCCUGAUCCAGAUGCUGGACAAUCGAGACAACAACAAUCUUUGGUACUGGAUCAGAGCCUGGAGGCACACAUUUAAAAAAAAACAAAAAAAAAAAAACAUAAAACAGGACUUUUGUAGCGUGAACGCUACUGUGAAUAAUGCUUUGAAGUAUCACUGGUUGGACCAGUGUUCCCCAUCCAUAACUAUCCGUGGUAGAAAACGUUUCUGAGCUUUGGACUUAUCUAAGCAAACCUGGAGUGGACGAGAGAGAGAGAGCUGCAUACAAAAACAUCAUGAACUUUGAAAUUCUUGCUUUCUUUUAUUUUCCGUCUGUUUUUGUAUGCUCCACCACUAGAGGGCGACAUUGUGAUAAAAUUACAGUAGAGACUUUUUCCUCUUGACAUACGGUGGCACAUGGUGAGCGCCAGUCACAGAACAGAGGACUUAUCUGUACAUUUUUAAGUGUAAGAUCAAACCAACAAAAUAUUUGUAAAUAUGCAGUUUCUUGUUUGUUUGUUUGUUUGUUUGUUUUCUGAGUGAAUGAAUUGCUUACUUUGUGAGCAGGACAACAGGUGCAAGUUUGGAAACCGGCCACCAGCGAACUGCUGCGUAAAAAAAAGCCUCGUUCUCUCUUGUUUUGUUCAUUUUAGGGCAUUAAGGAGUAACGAUGCAGUAAAUGGGUCUAUGGUACAGCUGGAUGCUGUUCUUUUCAGAGAUAAUGCAUUAAGAAUCCAAGACGUACACUUGCACUACAUCAGCUAAUCAUUAAUCAGCAUGCCUAAUCAAGCCCUUACAUUAAUCUCAUUCUGCCAGUUCAAUAAAGAGUGUUAGAGUCAUCUCAUUUAUAAAUGAAGAAGCCACUGAAUGUUUGUGCAGCUCGGCCUAAAGCUGCUCAUGAAUCCUACAGGAUUUAUUGUACGCUAAAUAUCAACAUUAAGACUGCAGUAUUAGUUGAGUCUGGUUUAGUCAGGGGUUGUCAGUCAGUUUUUGCUUGUUUCAUAUUCAGACAUUCAUGUUGUUCACAAACUCAACAUCCUUUUUAAUGUCAUUUCAACAUGUUUAAAUUGUUCUCCAUAUUUCUAAAGACUAUGUGAGUAUGAAGGUCUGAAUAAUGUAGAACAAAAGAAGCACAUUAUGAACCUCCCGAGGAGAAAAGUCCAUCAGAUGAUGAGCUGCGCUGCGUGGAUAACGUGCACCUGUUGUCUUGUUUUUACUUUCUUUGUUGAAAAUCAGAAACCCAAGGCUUGAGAUGAAGAGAACAUGUUAAUAAUGGAUUUAAAAAUAGAUGAUUAUUAAAAAAAAAAAAAGAAAAGUAAAAAAUAUAUAAAUAAGGAGAUGAUAUUUCUGUUUAAUUUAGAAAUUAUUACACACUGUAUGCUGUGACUCUGAUCUGGGGAACAUUAAAUACAUUCAUAGCCAA